AUGUGGUUGAACACACCACCUACUUCCAGACAACCCCCAUCGAAAGAGCAAGCGUACGCUGCCGGCGCCUGCCUCCAGAUCUCCGGUCGCACAAACUACGAGUCCAAACUGACAACACCCCAUGGCUUUAGCAAAUGUCGUCCAAGAACGGACGUAGGAGUGGGCGGGAGGAGCCAGGAGGGUGAGAGAGGGAAGGCGGCGGAGGAGUUAGGCUUGACCGGUACCGUGGCCUCGUCUUCGAGGUGGCUAAUGACUUCGCUCUCUGAGUCCGCCCAGCAUCAACAGGAGGUUCUGGCAAAGGUGGGGGAGGAGUAG